AUGCCGUCGCCAGCUUCGCACUCCAGGAGGCUCUCGGGAGCGCCAGACUCGUCCGCCAAAGGGCGAGGCCGCGUGUCCAAGCGAUCCGGCAACGCGUGUGUGGCCCUGGAAACAUGCCCUCUGUUCGAGGUGCCGCAAGCAGAAGAUCAACGCAAGCUGUCGUGCGAGUUCGAUGAGCGCGACCAGAAAAUACUCGUCACCCGCGGGUACAUCAUCGACUUGCAGCAGCGAGUAGAGAAUCAGAGGCGCACCGAGGGUCUCGAGUAUGUCACUCCUGGUUCGCUCGAAAGCAGCCAUGAGGUUGGCAGGCCGGUUGACGACGAGGAGGAUUCCAUCGUCAUCCCGUCAAUCGACAGGCCCGAGUCAGACAGCCAGAGCUCCAAUAGCCGCUCAAGAUUGGACCCUGUCGCUUCCACCCUCACAAACCCGCUAUCAACAGGGCAGUCAAAGUUCAUGACGUCCGCUGAGGGGCAAACUUACUACCUUGGCACCUCAUCAAAUUGGUCCUUCGGCCGUCGCGUUCUCAGUCUGACGCAUGAGUAUGUCUACCACACCCCCGUCUCCACAGGAACUCUCCUGUUCGAUGGCACGGCGUACGACCUGGGCUGGGAUGGUUCCCGGACUACCGUCCCUCCAGAAGCCCAUCCCCUCCCCAGUCUAGACCAUGCCAUCUACUUGAUCAACACGGUCAAGUUUCACUGCAGUCAGGUCUUCCAUCUGUUUGACGAGGAGUCCUUUAUGAAGUACAUGUACGACUUUUACUCUGACCCCAUCAACCAGGAGACCGGAUCAGAUCUUCGAUACAUCCAGUUAUUACUCAUUCUUGCCUUUGGCAAGGCAUUGGUUGAGAACAACUACCAAGCCAAAAAGCCACCUGGGGCCGAGUAUUUUCUUAGGGCACUGCGGCUUCUGCCAAGUACGCAUGCCCUUGUCCAGGAGACAAUUCUAUCAACAGAGGUGCUCUGCUGCAUAGCUUUGUACUUCCAAUGCCUGGACUAUCGAAACUCGGCUCAUAACUUUAUUGGCCAAGCUAUACGGAUUGCUCUCUUGCAGGGGAUGCACACCGAUAUGCCUCGACAACAUUUAGGGGAUCAUCUCGUCGAACGGAGUCGAAAGGCAUGGUGGACUGCCUACGUUUUGGACCGCGAAAUGACCUCUUUGAUGGGCUUACCGCAGUCCAUCAACGACGACGAUGUGCAUCCUUCGCUACCACACUUUUCGGGCUCUAGUCAUCGCAUCGCCGCUCUGAACAUGCAGAUUCGACUUUCCCGUACCAUCGCCGCCAUCAACAGAGGAGUAUACGGAGCCGAUGGGCGAUUGAACAAAAAGUUCUUGCUCAGCACCAAGGAUGUUCUGUCAAAUAUCGCAACGCUGGCCGACGAACUCCAAGAAACCUUUCCGAUGCAAGUCGACCAAACCAUCAACGGCGUCUCAAGGACAUCGGGCUAUUUGCAUCUUUUAUAUCACCAGUGCAUCGUUCUCGCAACGCGACCGUUGUUGUUUUGCUUCUUGAAGAUUCGAUUCGAGUCCCCGGCUUCCUAUCUGGACACGCUCAAUUCUUCUCAAACUGUCUGGAAUUUGAUCAAGAUGUGCAUGGACUCCUCUCAACAGAUGAUCAAUAUCCUAUCCUGUCUACAAAGUCAGGGUCUUUUGGAGACAUUUCUUCCGUUCGACCUCGAGCCGCUCUUCGUGUCCAGCCUGACUCUCCUCCUCGGGCCAGUCCUCAACCCUCGAUUAUUGGAGAACGAAUCCCUCUGGCGCCAAAAAUCCCACACCAUCUUCAAUGAGAUGGUGGGGAAAGGCAACUUGAUUGCAGAGUUUCGGCAAUCCGAGUUGCAGCAGUUGGACGACAUGUUGAGGCGCCUGCCUGCCACUACUGGACAAUCACCCACUCCCAACAACCCCGACCAAGAAAUUGUGGACAAUCCAGUGGCCCCGGGGAUGGAUGAUAGUGCUGUUGAUACUACAAUUGCUGGGUCGAACGACGAGGAGACAUUGUCGUCUCUUCUUCCAGGUAUGGAGGAGUAUAGCACCGAUGUGUGGUUGACCACUGCACAAAUCAUCGACAUGGCGAACUCCAUUGCAAACAGCGAUACGGAGUGGGUAUCACACACCAUCACAGAACAUGAUAUCUGGUAG